AAAUUAUUUUCUCUUGCUAGGAGGCAGGUGGAAGUCAUCAUAAAGUUUCUGUUUCGCCCGUUGUCCAUGUUCGAGGACUCUGUGAAUCUGUGGUGGAAGCUGAUCUUGUGGAGGCUCUGGAAAAAUUCGGGACAAUAUGCUAUGUGAUGAUGAUGCCAUUUAAACGGCAGGCUCUAGUGGAAUUUGAAAACGUAGAUAGUGCCAAAGAAUGUGUGACAUUUGCUGCAGAUGAACCUGUGUACAUUGCUGGUCAACAGGCUUUUUUCAACUAUUCUACAAGCAAAAGAAUCACUCGGCCAGGAAACACUGAUGACCCGUCAGGAGGCAACAAAGUUCUUCUGCUGUCCAUUCAGAAUCCUCUUUAUCCAAUUACAGUGGAUGUCUUAUACACUGUAUGCAAUCCCGUUGGAAAAGUGCAGCGUAUUGUUAUUUUCAAGAGGAAUGGAAUACAAGCGAUGGUUGAGUUUGAAUCAAUCCUUUGCGCCCAGAAAGCUAAAGCAGCACUCAAUGGAGCAGAUAUAUAUGCUGGAUGUUGCACACUCAAAAUUGAAUACGCAAGGCCAACUCGUCUGAAUGUCAUUAGGAAUGACAACGACAGUUGGGACUACACUAAACCAUACUUGGGAAGACGAGAUAGAGGAAAGGGUCGCCAGAGACAAGCCAUUUUGGGAGAACACCCUUCUUCGUUUAGACAUGAUGGCUAUGGAUCCCACGGCCCAUUACUGCCUUUACCGAGUCGUUACAGAAUGGGCUCCCGAGAUACGCCUGAGCUGGUUGCCUACCCAUUACCACAGGCUUCCUCCUCUUACAUGCAUGGAGGAAACCCCUCCGGUUCCGUUGUCAUGGUCAGUGGAUUACAUCAACUGAAGAUGAAUUGUUCAAGAGUCUUCAACCUAUUCUGCUUAUAUGGAAAUAUUGAAAAGGUAAAAUUUAUGAAGACCAUUCCUGGUACUGCACUGGUGGAGAUGGGUGAUGAGUAUGCUGUAGAAAGAGCUGUCACACACCUUAAUAAUGUUAAAUUAUUUGGGAAAAGACUUAAUGUUUGUGUCUCUAAACAACAUUCAGUUGUUCCAAGUCAAAUAUUUGAGCUGGAGGAUGGUACAAGUAGCUACAAAGAUUUUGCAAUGAGCAAAAAUAAUCGCUUCACAAGUGCUGGCCAAGCCUCCAAGAAUAUAAUCCAGCCACCGUCGUGUGUUUUGCAUUAUUAUAAUGUUCCACUGUGUGUCACAGAAGAGACCUUCACAAAGUUGUGUAAUGACCAUGAAGUUCUUACAUUCAUCAAAUAUAAAGUGUUUGAUGCAAAACCUUCAGCCAAGACACUCUCUGGGCUGUUGGAAUGGGAGUGCAAGACGGAUGCUGUCGAAGCCCUUACAGCACUUAAUCACUAUCAGAUAAGAGUCCCAAAUGGUUCCAAUCCCUAUACAUUGAAGCUUUGCUUUUCGACAUCAUCCCAUUUAUAAGAAGAGACGGGCAUGUUGGAGUUUAUCUUCAUGUUUCUUACGAUUUUAAAGCUACACUUCAUUAAAAAUAACUAAAUGGUUGAUCUCAUGUUGCCUUGCUUAUUACUUUAAGAUCCUGUUCUGUAAUAAACAUAUUUUGCCUUGAGUAAAUUUGUUGUAAACUUAAAUAUUGAAUUGUUUUCAUUUUAAGAUAGAAUAUCCUAAUGUAGACUAUCUACACCUUUAUUGUAGAUUUAAAAAAUAUAUGAUUUCUAACCUUAUUACUGUAAUUUUUCUUCCAUAGUAAAACUAUAUUUGCAUUCUUAACGCUAAUUAUCUGCAAGUAUUUUUCCAUUGUGUAUGAGAUUAACACAGGUGAAAGUAUUGCAUUUUAAUAUAGAAUGCCUAUUAUGUGUUUAGGUGUUUAAGUAUGUUGCAGUUACUCAUAUUAAACAUAACUUGUAUUUAUUAUUUUAAUCCAGUUUGAGAAUAACAUUGCAUAUGUUGAAUCUCAAGUACUACAGAUACAGCUGAUUUUGUAUUUCCUAAAGGCUAACAGACAUAUGGAUACACUUGUACAGAUGCACUCCAGCUUAUUUAAAUUGGUGUUUUUUUUGAAGUCAUUGUCCAUUUGUAUUGACACGCCUCUGUUUCUAGUUCCAGUUUGGAGGUUUUAUAAAGUUAUAACAAUGAGUUAAUGUGUUUAUCUUCGUUGCAUGUGACUUAACCUCGAAAAUACAUCUAGUGUUUGGCAUUGAGAUUUUAAUAGAGGUUAUGGUUAACAGUUCUCUUGGAGAUGGUAACCUGGGAUCCAUGGGUGGGCUUCAGAGCAUCUGUGAACUCUCUAAAAUUGUAUGUAGCAUUUUGGGUAUUUGCAUUUUUAUUUUUUACUCUUGGAUCCAUCAGUAAUAUAUGUAUUUUUCUAUAUGGUGCAAGAUUUAAGGAUCUAACUUUAUUUUUAUUCCAAACAGAUAGCUAUUUGUCUCAAUACCAUUUAUUAAACAUUCUUUCUCCCACUG